AUGAAUGCAUGCGCAGUGUUCAAGUACAAAGCAGGGGCUCACAACGUCAUGCAAGUGUGGGGAGUCGAAUUCGAGGCAUGCAGUGCAAGUGCAGCAGCCAUUGUUUUUGCCACCGGCAAUGACAUGGUGGCUCUCGACGCCCCAGGAAAGAGAUGGUAUAUCUGUGGGGUUGGAGAUCACUGCAGCCGGGGCCAGAAGCUUGCCGUCGACGUCCUACCAGCAGCCAUGAGUCCUGCUUCACCUCCUUCCUCACAACCUCCACCGCCACCACUUGCUCCUUCUUCACCACCUCCUUCAUCAUCCCGCUCGCCGAACAUGAUCGCAGCACGAACAUACCACGCCCUGAUGGCGGCGGCGGCGGCGGCCAUGGUCGCUGCGGCAUGA